AUGGCAGCAGUGACCAUUGAUGGAUUCACAAAUGAUGUGUUUGAUGAUUCGAGAUUCAAGAAGCACAAGAAGGGGGUCAUGGAGGCAUGGAUGAUGAUUGAGGUGGCUGUAUCUCAAGGAUUUGGUGCAAUCUAUAUUGUGGGAGCUACAGUAACACACCCUGUAGUCAACUGUGUUUUUGCUGAUGCAGUAAAGGUUGAAUGUUCAUUGCACAUGCAAUGUGUUGUCUCUAUUCUGGCUCCUAUUUAUUUUCAACAGGCCACAGAUGACAAUCUCUCCUCAUCUGCAACUCCAUCUGAAACUUUAGUAUCUAAUCCCUCUAAGUCUACUACCAUCCCAAAAGCUAAACUUCAGGAUGCCGCUAAACCAGUACACAAUAGUAGCUACUGCCAGGAUGUUAAGGCGUAA